GUUCGACCGUUGUGUACGGUCCUUAGACGUAUGUUCAACGAUAGUAAUAUCACAGAUUACAAUAUUUAAUAGUUAGUUAACUUUACUAUACAAUAAGGUUAACAACAGAGCAUUGUUCGUAUCAUUAUCUAAUGGACAAUGGUUGAUUAGAAGAACGUCGGUCGGCGUAGAGGUACUUGUUAGUAUCACAUUUUCGCAUCCCAAAUGCCUUGAGCUUACUUCAUUUGUCGAGGACCGAACAUGCCGAGGGAAGACAUUCAAUAUUCGUCGAAGUACGAAGACGGCGCAUACAUUUACAGACAUGUAAUAUUACCAGAUGACAUGGCCAAACUGGUACCAAAAACUCAUUUAAUGACAGAAACUGAAUGGCGAAAUCUUGGAAUUCAAAUGUCUUCUGGCUGGAUGCAUUACAUGAGAUAUGAUCCAGAACCACAUAUAAUACCAUUUAGACGAGCUAAAAAGAUGAUGACAAUGUGAUAAUAAUAUAAUGUUUUUAACUCUAGAAUAAUAAGAUAACAUAAACUUUAAAAACUAUAUUUGAAA